AAUGAAGAUCAUUGCAAGGAGAUAAAGGAGCUGGCUUCGAUAAUUAUUCAGCGGUCGAGGGCCAGAGUCACGCUGCCUUCUAUACCAAAGGACAAACUAGGAGGCAGUACGGUGGUAGCCGAGGGUGUAAUAGGCGGCAUAGGGGGCCCAGGCGGCGGGUGCCGCGCAUCAUCGAUGACGAUGGCCGAGAGUGUGGUGGAGGACACCGCGGCCGCGCCCCCGGGUCCGGCAAAACCCCCGCCACCCUCUUGUACAAACAACAACACACUUGCAGCGACGGCGAAUCGCAACCACCGCGUGUUCCGCAAGCGGAAAUGUUUGAACCAAGUCUUGGACGCACUACAAGCGCACAAGGGAACACCCUCGAUAGAAGGCGAAUCCGAAACCCGUCUCGAGUCAACGACUUCCCUCGAAGAGGACGAAGACAUUUUCGGCUCGCCGCGGUCGUCAUCGCGGGCCUCCACUGAAAACAACAUCCCCAUUACGACUGACAAACGUCUGAAAGUUGAACCCAUGGAGUCACAGACAGACGAAGAGGCAUCUGCUGCAAGUCAACAAUAUCUCCAUGGUCUGCAACGACAGCAUCAUCAUCAUCAUAAUCAUAAUCAACAGCAACAAUACUCAUACCGUACUCCAACAUUAACGUAUCGUGGAUGCGGUUGUAUGAAUUGUGCCUCACCAAAUAUAGUUUUACCAUCACCAACUUCACCACAAGCACCUUCGACUCCUCUAACACCCGUAUCUAGUAAUACGACAACCCUAACGCCAUUAACACCCGUAUCGCCCUCAUCCUACACAUUCGAGCACUAUUUACACACAAAGUACCUGCCAAUAGACAGCGAUCGUAAGCGUAGUCAUUCAGACUCCGAUGUACCUGGUUGGAAUGACCAAAAGCCCAUUAUGGUUUGGCCAAACUCAUCUUCAACACAACACUGUGGGCCUUUACCACGCAGUGGAUCUUCCGAAAGUGAUACAAGUCCCCAAGAAUAUCCACUAGACUUAUCAAUGAAGAACAUCCCGGACAUCCGACCAUCGGCACUGCAGUUAUUGCCCUCAGGUCUGGGUACCCGUGGAUCCUUGACCUUCCCAGUGAUACGCGGGGACGUUGCGUCACCGACGACUAAAGAAAGUGUAGCAUUUAGGUUUAACAUGGAGGUAUCACCAGUAGUUGAAGAAAUGCCUCCAGGCACUGAUUUGGCGUACGUUUGUCCAGCGUGCGGACAGAUGUUUAGUCUUCAUGAUAGACUGGCUAAACACAUGGCUUCUAGACACAAGAGACAAGGCGCUAAGGAUGCAUCAGCGAAAGCAUACUCAUGUGAUGUAUGCAACAGGAGUUUUGCUAGAUCAGACAUGCUCACGAGGCACAUGAGGCUGCAUACGGGUGUGAAGCCAUACACCUGCAGGGUAUGCGGCCAGGUGUUCAGUAGAUCCGACCACCUCAGCACUCACCAGAGAACUCACACUGGCGAGAAACCUUACAAGUGUCCUCAGUGUGUUUACGCGGCAUGCAGAAGGGACAUGAUCACAAGGCAUCUCAGGACACACGCGAGGUACGUCGACGGUCAAAAUAACAAGUGUGAGAGUCCCGCUGAUCCUGAGAGCCCUACUUUUGGAUCAUUGUCAUCCUUAUCGACUGUCAAGACAGAAUGACUAAAUUUAAGAGCUCGUGAUAGUGAGAAAAUACGUUAACUUUCUUCUUCUUCUUUCGAUUUAUUCAUUUUUUCUCAUUGUCGCUUAUUGGUGAUUUCAUUGUUUGUCCCAUUAUUUAUACUGGGAUUUAUCAAUUUAAUGUGUUAAUUUACUUAUAUAUAUAUAUAGAUAUAUGAAUAUAAAUAUAAAUUAAUUAAAUACUAUUUACCCUAUCCUGAAGACUGCCUAUCCUGUGUUCGUCCUCGGCAGGCAGGCGGCCGAACAGUAUUAUCCGUACAAUCCCCUCGUUCAUUCAUAAUUCACUUCCUUUUUUUUUCUUCUACUAUUUUCUUUAUGACUUUUUGUUAAUGUUGACUAUUAGUUACUUACUACUUAUUAUUUAAAAUAAAACACAUCAUCGAACGGUAAAGUUCAUUCCGUUAACAAACUUGUCGAUGUGCGCUCUCUGUAGUCAUUAUUGUGUUUAUUUUUUUUAUCUAAAUUUUUUUAUUUAUUCCCUCGAUUUUUUUUUUUUACUUGGUAAUUAAUGAGUUUUUUUUUUUGUAUAUUUUGUAAACGUUUGAGGAGUUUAAAAUAUAAAUUUGUGAGUCGAGACUGAGUCACCUGAGGUUCGUUGUGCUAAAAAUAUAAAAUUAAAAAUGUGCCAAAUUUUUUACAACGGUCAAUUUUUAAAAUCUUCCAUCAGUUUUGUAAUUGUAGAGGUUAAUUAGUAUUUUUAAAUUACGAUUGUUAUUGAUGUUUAUUAAAUAAUAAAAUUAGUAAAGAUAUUUUUAAUUAAAAAUUAAAUUUAAAAAAAAAAGAACCCAGUGGAAAGUUAAGAAAAUAAAUAAAA